CUAACGAAUCAGGGUACGGUGUCACAAACAACAGAAAAGGCGCCCAGUCAUCGACGAUUCUAAAACGCACGUCAGAGGAACAUCGACAUUAAAACUUAAGACGUUUUAGACACGAAAUAACAAGAAGGAUUCGUAUCGAAUAGCUUUCCCUUACACUUGGAUCCUGUGCAUUCCGAAACAACGUAACCGACGCCAUCGGCUCGUACGAUGAAAGACAAUGCGUACCGGAACCUCGGAGUACGUGCUGAAUUUGAAAUAGCUGUAUAAAAACCGACGGUCAGUCCUCGAAUCUAUCACAAUCUCACCAGCUGUCGUCCAGUCAACAACGGGAAGGUCAAAUAAUAAAUACAAAAUGACGUCAGCUAAAGUGAUAUGUCUGGUGGCACUGGCGUUGUUCGGGAGCGCCGCGGCCCAACCUUCGAAGCCCGCCUUCUGGAAGGGCACCCCCAUGGACAGCAUGGUCGAGGAGAUGAGGUCCGGAUGCGCAGAGGGCUCUGACCCUACUGCUUGCAUCAAGUACAAGGUCAUGUCUCUGUUAGACAGCAUCUUCAAGAAGGACUCCUUCCAGAUUUCUGACGCAGUCGAAGUGACCAAGAAUGGCGCCGGCAAUGACUUCAGUGGCCGCUCCUCUGGCGACUUCUUUGACGGCGUCGAGAGCUACAUCCAGUCCCAUGACGUGACCUUCCAGCUGCCCAUAGCUGACACCAAGGUGACCGUCAGCCCCAGAAACCUGGACAACGAUGAACUGAGCCUUAACAUUAAGUUCAACAAGGAGGGCGCGCGCUCCGUCGGCGAGGCCCGCAAGGCUAAACUCAAGAAGAUCAUCGUCCCCAUCCUGGUGUUCGUGCUCCUCAAGGCCAUGACCCUCAUCCCCCUCGCCAUCGGUGUCCUCGGUCUGAAAGCCUGGAACGCUCUGCAGCUCUCAUUCUUCUCUUUCGUUGUCUCCGUUGCUUUGGCUAUCUUCCAAUUGUGCAAGAAGUUUACCCAGAUCGCGGCGGACAACUCGCAUCCGCAGAUCGCUGCCCAUGGACCUUGGGAUGCUGCCUACGCCGCAACUCGUCGUCGUAGAGACGCUGAGCCCCAGGACCUCGCUCAAGAGCUCGCAUACAACGCUUACCAAUAAAUAUCUUAAACCACCGUGACCCAAUAAACGACCCAAUGUGACCCUAACCGUUCCAAGAUGGCUGCCCGCUCGAUUUUGAAUUUCGAACACGGUUUUCCGAACGGAAACUAGAACCAAAUAGAAAAUGGUUUCACCGCGAAACUAUGUACGUGUAAAUACUGUGUAAUACGAUUUAUUUAUUAUUGUGUGUGUGUGAAUGUGUUGUGCGAAUGUUAUUUAUUUUUUUUUCGUUUAAAUAAAUCAUUGAU